UCUGCUCGCAGCUGAUAGAGAUGAUCUCACGGUCAGGGCCUCACUCACAUCUUCAUCUUUGUCUUGAUCGUCUCCUCCUUCUCGUCACUUCCUGCGCAUGGCCUGAGGGUCAUUUAACUCUUUUUUUCUUGUCAGCUUCACUGCUCUUUAUUUGUUCUUCUGUUUGUGAUCUUCAUCAUCUGACUGGAGUGCAGCCGUACGACAUAAGCCUGAGAUGGACUCUUGAAAAGCCGGGCCAGGACAUCAUGGAGGACGACGGAAAAACAUCCGAGGACCGAGAGGCGAAGUCCGGGUUUCCCGAGAGCUCUUCCGCCAGUGACCAAUCAGACAAAGAGUCCGGUCGGGAAGCCAGCUCGGACUCGGAAUCGGGUGAGGACAUGGUGGCACCGGCGGCUGUGCUGACAUCGGACGGAGACGAGGCGGCCACCAAGGCAGUGGCGUCCUCACCAAAUGGACGCUUCCUCAAGUUUGACGUGGAGAUCGGACGAGGAUCCUUCAAGAACGUCUACAAGGGCCUUGACACUGAGACCACCGUCGAGGUGGCCUGGUGCGAGCUGCGAACUCAGCGGCUGACCCGUAGCGAGCGUCAGCGUUUCGCAGAAGAAGUGGAGAUGUUGAAGGGGCUCCAGCAUCCCAACAUCGUUCGUUUUUUUGACUCGUGGAAGUCGGUGUUGAACGGUCGCAAGUGCACUGUGCUGGUGACCGAACUCAUGACAUCCGGGACCCUCAAGACUUACCUCCGCCGAUUCCGCCCGAUGAAGCUGAAACUGCUUCAGCGUUGGAGCUUGCAGAUCUUAAAAGGUCUUCACUUCCUGCACUCGCGCAAUCCUCCCAUCCUGCAUCGUGACCUCAAGUGCGACAACAUUUUCAUCACGGGGCCCUCGGCCUCCGUCAAGAUCGGGGACCUCGGCCUCGCCACCCUCAAGAAAGCCUCCUUCGCCAAGAGCGUCAUCGGAACGCCGGAGUUCAUGGCUCCCGAGAUGUAUGAGGAGAAGUACGACGAGGCGGUGGAUGUGUAUGCCUUUGGGAUGUGCAUCCUGGAGAUGGCCACGUCUGAGUACCCCUACUCCGAGUGCCAAAAUGCUGCCCAGAUCUACCGGAAGGUCACCAAGGGAAUCAAGCCCGACAGUUUCUCCAAGGUCACAAUUCCUGAGCUGAGAAACAUCAUCGAGGGAUGCAUUCACACCAACAGCAGUGAGAGAUUCACGGUUCAGGACCUUCUAGACCAGCGUUUCUUCCAGGGCGAACUUGGGGUAUACGUGGAGCCGGCCGAGGAUGAUGAUGGCACAAAGUCGGCGCUCAUGUUGUGGCUGAGGAUGGAUGGGACCAAGAGGCUUCACGGCAAGUAUAAAGACAACAACGCCAUUGAGUUCCUCUUCGAGCUCCACAACGACGUCCCCGAGGAGGUGGCCCAGGAGAUGGUGGUGUUGGGGUUCGUGUCGGAGGGCGACUACAAACUGGUGGCAAUGGCCAUCCGAGACGGCGUGACCGCCAUCAAGCGGCAACGCGAUAAACGGCGCCGAUUGGCAGAAGAUGCCACCCGGAGACAGGAAGAUGUCGCCCAGGAGAGAGAACGGCCCCCGCCCCUAACAUCCCAGAUGGCCAAUCAUCAAGGAGAGAACUCUGAACUUCCUGCUGCAUCCUGGCUCCAAGCCCCACCUGCCACCGUGACAUCGACUGGCGGUGGCCAGGUGCAUUACGCGAGUGACAAGAUGGCUGCCACAGUUAAUCGCGUGACAGACAGUGCUCCACAAGCCCCGCCAACUCCUGUCGCUUCUCACUCUCAGCAAACUGUCUAUGUGCCACCUCCCAGGGCCCGGAUUUCAAAGGCUCCGCCCUUUCCUGUUCUGCGCUACCCCAGGAGCCUUGCAGUAUCACAACAUGAACACGGGGUCUCUUCACCUGCUGACAGCUGCGCAUCUGACGUAACGUCGGGUUUGAGUGACGGCAACGACGGCCAGUCAGACAAGAGCUACCAGGAAGUGACCGAGCGGCAUCCUGACCGAAAGCUGAAGAGGAAGAUGAGGGCUCACCUCAGGCUCACGGGGGUGUCCAACAUGGCCGACCGCGUGGUGCAAUGUCAGCUGAGUACUCACGACAGCAAGAUGGUGACCUUCAAAUUUGACCUUGAUGGCGACAACCCAGAAGACAUCGCCUCAGUUAUGAUGCACAGAGAUUUCAUCUUGGCGAGUGAGCGAACAGGAUUCAUCUUGCGCAUGUAUGACAUCAUCAGCAGGGCAGAGUCGAUGAUGAUGCAACAGAAGCAGACAAAGAUGGUGUCCGAGCGCUCAGCCAGGACAUCGUAUGGCUCCUCCCUCAAUGACUCGGCAGAGGCUGAGCCGUCCCCUUCCGAGAAGGUGAAGCCCGAAGCUGCUCCACUGGCCGCAGGGAUGCAGUCGCACCCGUCCUACAAUUCUUCAGGCCCCACAGACCCCCGCACGGAUGCCCCUUCAUCUCCUCAGUAUCCCCCAUCGCCUCUGGCGUACCCUACCUUCAGCAGCCCCACUGGCACCACCCCUCAGUGGCCGCCCCCCGACCAGCCACUCUUCUCUCUGGCUAACAUGAUGUCAUUAGCCGUGAGCAUGGCUCGCUCCUUCCUGCCCCCAUCCCAGAGCUACCACCCAUCAGCCCCCUUCACGCCCACCCUUAGCCCCUCUUCGCCUCCCGUGAUGCCCCCUUUGGGCCAUCCCUCCUUCCGGGCGCCUUCGCCUGCCGGGAUUGGCACCGCUCAUCCAGGGCUCCAGGGGGCAUCGCUCAGCUGGAGCCCCACAGAGCCCAGGUAUCCCUCAACCCUGCCCCCUCAAGGUUCAGCCCUGGCCCCGCCCUCCUCCGUGCAAGCCCCGCCUCCUCACCACACGCAAGCACAUCCCACCGUCAUGCCGUCAGCCGGACCGCCAGCCACACGUGACGUGACUCCUCCCACUCGAAGCGUGGGUCGUUUCCAAGUGACGAACUCCCAACCCCAGAUGGUCACGGCACAUUCACCACCCCCGUCUAAGAUGAGCCAAUCAGAGAGCUCUGACAGCAUCUCUGAGAAAGACAGCCAAUCAGAAAGCAGUUGCUAUAGCGACACAGAAGGUGGGCCGGAGGGGAAGUGGAGGGACGUGCGCAAGACAACCAGCGGCGAGGGACCGUCUGGCAGCCAAUCGCGGAGCCGCUCUUACGUCACGUCCGACGAAUCUGACAAUGACGAUGAGCAGUGGGAGGAGCUAAAGGAGAUUCGGGAAAGGCACCUGUUAGAGAUGCGUCGCCUGCAGGCCAGUCAGAAGCAAGAGAUGGACGAGCUAUGCCAGAGGAUUGGAAAAGCCCCGCCUCCAGGCGCUAUGGCCCCCGCCGCCAUGUUGAAUCAACGUCGCCUGCGUAGGCCCGAUGUACUUCCCCCCACAGGUAUCAUAAGGAAUCGCACUCUGGAAAGGCCAAGCAGAGUGUCAUUUGUGCCAGGACACACGUAUGUGCCUGACACCAAUCUGAGUGUUGAAGAAGAAACGUGACGAUAAACAUCACUGCUUCUUCCAUGAGCGCUUGCAGCUGUUCACAAUUGUUGAGCUAGCUGCACUUCUGAUGCUAACCCAGCUAAUUACGCUAAUAGCGCGAGAUUAGAGCUGACAUUGGGUGUGUUUGUAUGCCAUGAUGGAUGGAGUUUAUAGACUUCAAACGGCAAUGUGGAAGCAGUCACCACGGCAACUGGGACAGGACAUCGUGAUGCUUCGAAAAGUCCCAACAGGAUUUCGGCUCACACCUUCUUCUUUUACUCUUUCAGCUUAAGCAAAUAAAGUUGAUUCAAAUAAUGA